ACUGUAAAGCGUUGUGUGCAACUAAAGUGAUAACGUGUGACAGAUUAUUAUUUUGUUUGCGUUCUAUAAAAUUGCUGCUAACAUUCUGUCAGUAUAACAACACGCAAGAAUGUUACAAGUGCACAGAAUGCGAGCAGUGAUCCUCGUAAUGGCAGUGGCCAGUGCAGUGGCGGAGCUAGCUCACGUCAGCACGGAUAUUGCAGUCCCCACGGUACUGGAAGGAGCAGCUCCUGAGGACGUGCUCCUGUAUCUGUACGACGUGCUGCUUACUUCCUUUAUGCUGAAUGAACCUGACAAAGAAGGAACUAUUGGCCCAGGAAUUAAAUGUCCAGGUAAUGUGCUUCGUCGGCCACCUGGAAUAUGUCCGUCAGAAACAAUAAUAUAUACAACAACGGAUUACUCUAUUGUGUAUAAUGACUAA